AUGGCCGUCGAAUAUCAUGGCGCAAAGAUAGAGUCCAACAUAACCUUAGAUAGAUCACCAAAACAUGAUAAGAAAAUUGCUAUAUUAGCCGCAAAACUAGCAGAUGCUGAACAAAAACUAGAAAAUCUGAAUAACACACUAACAAAGACCCAGAAAUUAUCUGAUGGUGCCACAUAUAUACGCUGGGGUCGUACCACGUGUCCUAGUAAAGCCGUUCUAGUGUACGACGGCUACGUUGCUGGAUCACAUCAGUCUCAUAGUGGAACUGCAUCCAAUCCAUUAUGUCUGCCAAAAGAUCCAGAUUUUGAUGAGCAUACCGAUGGUUUUCAAGCAACUAGGAUAUAUGGAGCAGAAUAUGAAACAAAUGGAUAUCCGAGAUGGACGUAUCUUCAUGACCAUGAUAUUCCAUGUGCUGUUUGUCGGAUACCACGCCAUAACGUUAUAAUGGUGCCGGGAAAGAAUCGUUGUCAUGACAACUACAUAUUGGAAUAUAAAGGCUAUCUUAUGGCUGGGCACUACAGUCAUGCUUCAUCCUCUCAAUUUGUGUGUGUUGAUGGAAAUCCCGAAACGUUAGAGGGAACACAUCAGGAUAGGGAUGGGAAACUGUUUUAUUUUGUUGAAGGCGACUGUGGUUCACUACGAUGCGAUCCAUAUAAAAAUGGUUGGGAGCUGACAUGUGCUGUGUGUUCUUAUUCAUACAAUGGAAGAUCGACGAGUUUACAGCCUUACACAUAGUUUAUACACACGCUUAUAAAUGGACAAUAUAUACACAAUGGGCGAUAGAAAAUAGAACUAAAAUAAAAACAAUUGUUAUAUCCCCUUGUGCAGUUCCUAUCAUAUUUAAGAAGCAUUUUCACUGUUGUGUUUUACUUAAAUACUUUCUUCAAUAAUUUUCUCAUUAAUCAUAUUUCAUGUUUCAGUAAAUAAGUUAAAUAAUAAAUAUUCCAUUAAAAUAUAACCUUAUAAAGUUGAUGUAAAAUUAGCAAGUGGAUUGGCUGUUUUGCGCCUGAAUAAGAUAUAAAGUCAAUAAACAUUAAACUUAAAUAAAUUAAUGGUAAAACCAUUUGGUUUUGUUUUCCUUGGUUGAG